AGUACUGCCUGAUUGGUGAGCCAUGUUUCAACCAAGAAUGGCCGCAAGUCACUGAAGUGGGCUGUUUUGAAACUACAUCACUUGCGAUCUUUGACUCUUUGACCUCCGACAACUCUGUCUACGGGGCGACAGGGGGUGUGCAUCCUGGCAGCUGCGCUUACAGCUGUGCGCAAGAAAACAUGCCCUUUUCCGGAGUUACUGGUGGAACAAUGUGCUACUGUUUCGCAAGUCGAGAUCAAAUGACCGGUGCUUCCAACGCUACUGGAUGUGAUUCAUGCCGUGGCUUUACGAGCUUUUCGCCUUCUGUGACCUGUGGUAGUAGUGCAAGCGACGAUUAUAUUACCACUUACCAGAUCACCAAUGGCCCACCUGUUGGAGCUAAGAUUACGUCCGCAGAGGACACUUUCGUGCGAAACAAUGGUGAAACAGUGGAGCUGCUGUGUGAAACGUCAACCGAAGUAAGCUCUGCAGCAUGGUAUUUCAAUGGAAGCAUCGUUCCGGUUGGUAACCGUUAUGUGGUGGGUAAUUUGUCAACUAAUAGUAUCACGCUGAGAUUCACGGCCAGCAGUGCUACUCAAGGGAAUUACACUUGUGUAAUGUCAAAUGUCAAGUAUGUUCCCGCUGGCAACUAUAUGUCUUUGAGCAGCAAUGUCACGGUGAUGGCUGGCGUGAGUGUAACAGAUUGGCCUGCUGUAACAUCAUAUGGUUGCAUCCUCUCUACCCCGGAAAUCUCCGAUUUACCCUUGCACAGUAAUUACAGCGGCUUGCAAACAGCCCACCCCGGUCAGUGUGCCUUCACCUGUGCUCGUAAUGGAACUGUUUUCGCUCUCAUCAGUGGAACCAAGUGCACUUGCAUCGAUGCUCUACCUAGUACAGUACUGCUUGGCGCUGGCCAAACUUGCGGUGAACCUUGUACGGGGUACUCCGCUGAUCCUAUCCGAGGCUAUGCUUGCGGUAAUGGAUCAGUAUUUGCUGCUUACAGCAUUCGAAACGGACCUCCAUUGGAUGCUAUGAUCACUGUACCAUCUGGCUAUCUGCUUCGCAAUGCUGGAGAGAAUGUCAGCUUGACUUGCUCCAUUGCGAAUUACAGCGUAGCCACGUCUGUUGAAUGGACUCUUGAUGGUGUGGCUAUUUCGACCCCAUCAGUGGAUGUGUUCGACAACUCCACAUCAUCUACGUUGACGGUGACAGCUUCAAGCAUGACUAUGGGCAAAUACACGUGUACAUUCAGCAAUGAUAACUUUACUCCGCAGGGUGACUAUGUUGAAUUGUCCAACAGUGCCGUGGCCAACGUUACUCUUAGCGUCCAAGAAUACCCAAGCGCUCGCUACGAAGAAUGUGUGCCUGUCGCGAGUGCAGCAGCGAACUUGAGCACGGUGAUGGGUGUGUAUGAUAGCACCAUGACACAGAUACCAGGCAAGUGCGCCUACGAAUGUGCUCGGCAGCGACAGCCUUACGCGUGGCUUUCACCAAGCACGUGUCAGUGUUCAGAAACCCCACCAGCACCAACGCCAGCACCGACAAUGAUGACGGCAGCAACAACAGCAACGAUGUCGACAGCAGGAACAUGUGGAGAUAUUUGCAAUGGCUAUGCAGGCAGGACUACGCCAUACAACUGUGGAAGUUCUUCACAAUAUGCAGUUUACCAGAUAGCAAACACUCCGCCACUGUCGGUCUCGAUUCUCCCAUCCACUGCGAUUAUCGCGGUUAAAGGCAAUGCCGUCGAAGUGUCCUGUUCUGCUAAUGCCGGUAGUCGGGUUACUGCAAUAGACAUUCUGAAGGGUGGCACCAUCCUGGCGACGUCAAUGAGAACUAGAGUCAAUCUCACACUCUCACCUGUCGACUCUAUUAAUGCUGGUCCAUACAUCUGUAUAGCAAGAAAUGAUAACUUCAAUCCAACAGGAAACUACAGCGAUCUGCCCAACAACGUUAAUGCAACUUUCACUCUCACCGUUCAAGUUCCGCCCACUGCCACAAUCUCAGCCAAUCCUAAUACUAUCAGGCCAACACAAUACAGUAACAUAAUUUUGACCUGCAGUGCGUCAGGAGGAGGUACUGCUUCAACGUAUACAUAUUCCUGGUCGGGCCCAGGCAUCACGGCGAGUAUUGCCACACCUUCACUAUCGUUGACGAAUCUGAGUUACACAGGAGUGGCUGCAAUGUACACAUGCACAGUAACCGAUGACACGAUUGUAGACAAGACACAACAAAAUGCUACGGCUACCUACACGUUCACUGUACAAGAUGUGAACGAGUGCACGCUAUCAUCUGCUGACGGGAAUGUUCACAAUUGCAAUGACAACGCAACAUGUACUAACACUGCCGGCGCACACACCUGUGCAUGCAACGCAGGCUACACGGGCACUGGCGUUGACGCAGAUGGCUGCACAACUGUUUGCUUCGAAAACGGUUGUCUGAAUUCGGGUAGUUGUGCUGCCCCGGAUGUAUGCUUCUGUCACAACCGCUACUCUGGGAAAACCUGCGAGAACUUGUACCCCGCCGUAACCCAGGAGAGAUGUGCAUCAGGUCCUGCUACCGCACUAACAGCUGAAAUGAACUUUCCUCUAGUCGGUUCACCUACUGUAGACCCUGGUUAUUGUGCUUACCUGUGCUACGGGGAAAAUAUGACAUAUUCCGCGAUCAACUACGACACACAGGCAAACUGCUAUUGUGGCAACACCCUCGACUUCGCAGGAGCGGCCACAACUGAUACUAUGUGCGGGAACAAAUGCGAAGGAUAUGAAACGCGGACAGAAAACUAUUAUUGUGGUGCAGUGAUGAAAUAUGCUGUGUACUCAUUGAAUCCACUACCUCCCCUUCAAGUUAUGGUGACUGCGACUAGUCCGACCGCUAAUUCCAUGGGAAGAUUUGUUGACGGCAGUAUUGUUACAUUGACUUGCAAUACAGCCGCCCCUGAUGCGGCAUUUACCUAUGCCUGGGAGCGGAAUUCGGUCUCAGUCCCAGGAACGGCAAACACAUAUGUGCUUACCAUCAGCAACAUCAAUGAUGGUAUCUACACAUGCAACGUAACCAACCCUACUGUUGUAUCUGCUGGUAAUUACACUCUCCUCAAUAGCAGAUCUGGACAAGUCAGCCUUACUCACCAAACUCCUCCUACAGUCUCCAUUACGAUUUCCACUAGUACAUAUGUGACUGGCCAGACAGCAACCUUUACCUGCAUAGCAGCGGGUGAUACACCAGUUACGUUCAAUUGGUAUCAAGGAACCACUAUGGUCAAUUUUAACAGCCGUAUCACGACCAUGGCGGGUGGUAAUGAAAGCAAGCUGACGAUCAGCAACUUGGUUAAAGGCGAUGCUGGAAACUAUUCCUGCACAGCAACAAACAACUUGAUAGUUGUUAGCAGCUUGCAAACUUCUAAAGCACAACAUACUGCAAUUGUUGUCCAAGUUCCGCCCACUGCCACAAUCUCAGCCGCUCCUAGUACUAUAACGCCAGCACAAUAUAGUGACAUAACUUUGACUUGCAAUGUGGCAGGAGACAUGCCUCCAACUUUGACAUAUUCCUGGUCGAGCGCACUAACACUCCCAGCCGUUACAAAUACCCCAACUCUAUCAUUGAUGAAUUUGGCCUACACAGGAGCGGAUGCAGCAUACACCUGUACAGUAACCAAUGGUCUGAUUGUAGACGCGACAAAACGAGUCGCUACAGCUACCUACACGAUCAGGGUACAAGAUGUGAACGAGUGCAUGCUACCAUCUACUGACCCGAAUGUUCACACUUGCAAUGACAACGCAACAUGUACUAACACUAACGGCGCACACACCUGUGCAUGCAACGCAGGCUACACGGGCACUGGCGUCGGCGCAACUGGCUGCACAACUGUUUGCUUCGAUAACGGUUGUCUAAAUUCGGGUAGUUGUGUUGCCCCGGAUGUAUGCUUCUGUCACAACCGCUACUCCGGAAAAAUCUGCGAGAACUUGUACCCCGCUGUAACCAGUGAGGGAUGUGCAUCAGGUGCUAGUUCCGCGCUAACAGCUGAAAUGAAUUUUCCUCUAGUUGGUUCACCUACUGUAGACCCUGGUUAUUGUGCUUACCUGUGCUACGGGAAAAAUAUGAUAUAUUCCGCAAUCAACAACGACGCAAAGACAAACUGCUAUUGUGGCAGCACCAUGGGCUUCGCUGGGAUGGUAACACCUACUACGUGCGGAGGAAAAUGCAACGGAUAUGGAACACGGACCGAAGAAUACUAUUGUGGUACUGCUACCGAUUAUGCGGUAUACUCAUUGAAUCCACUACCUCCCCUUCAAGUUAUGGUGACUGCGACUAGUCCGACUGCUAAUUCCUUGGGAACAUUUGUUGACGGCAGUAGUGUUACAUUGACUUGCAAUACAGACGCCACUGAUGCGGCAUUUACCUAUGCCUGGCAACGGAAUUCAGUCUCAGUCACAGGAUCGGCAAACACAUAUGUGUUUACCAUCGGCAACACGAAUGAUGGCACCUAUACAUGCACGGUCACCAAUCCUAAUGUUGUAUCCGCUGGUAAUUACACUCUCCUCAAUAGCAGGUCGGGACAAGUUACUGUAACUCACCAAACCCCUCCAGUGGCAACUAUCAUGGCUAACGCAUCAACUCAGGUUAUAGGUGAAAAAGCAACCUUCACUUGUUCCGCAACGGGUGACAUGCCGUACGUGUUCCGGUGGUAUAAAGAAGCUGCGGAAAUAACCGGAGAUACACGUAUUACUAUAUCUUCAAGUACUACUACUAGCAUACUCACCAUCACGAACUUGGUAAAAGGUGAUGGUGCAACGUAUGGCUGCGAUGUAACAAACAUGGGUAUUGUUGACGCGACGCAGAGAACUUCCUCCAUUUCAACAUCCAUCUUCAUGGUGCAAGAUCCACCAAGCGCUACAAUCGAUAGUACGUAUACCGUUGUGCAGGGUAAGCCGCUCACGGUAAUGUGCACGGCGACUGGUGAUGCUACGAUAACCUAUACCUGGAAAGACAAAAAUGAUGCAGUUAUAUCGGCAAAUACAGACUAUGCCAUCAUGCCAGGCGGUGUCCUGACGAUAAACAGUGCAAAUUACGGGCGAGAUCACGGUACUUUGACGUGUGAAGCUUCUAACAACAAUAUUGUGACGGUGGAUCGGCGAACAAGCACGGUAACAACUUCCAUCAAUGUGCUAGUACCAGUAACAAUAUCAAAUGGCCCGCUUGUCUAUGUGGAAGAGCAUCAAUUUGGCAGAUCAAUUUUAUCUAUGGUGAUCGCUAGUCCAGUCAACCCAGACCCACCUGCACAGAAUAUUACCUGGCAGCACCCGGACAAACAGAUACUUACAAAUUCAAGUUCGCACUUUUUCCUCAACAAUCGGAGAACACUGGUGGUCGCUAAUUCCCAACCCAGUGAUGAUGGCUUGUACAUAGCUACUGUAGAUAAUGGCGUCGGAACUGCCACAAUACAAUUCAACCUCACUGUGUACAUUGCACCAGAUACAACCUUGAUACCUGAUAAUCUUUUGCCAUACUCUAUCAAUAUGAGCGACACACUCAACAUCACAUGCACUUCAACGGGUUCUCCUAAGCCACGCAUUACGUGGGGCUAUGAUGGUGGAGCUCUUCCAUCAACAGCAAUGGUAACGCAAUCGGACGGACCAAAGAAUGGAACAAGCGAAACUAUUAUCAGUCAACUGAUCCUUCCAAAUAUACAAUACAAUGAGCGUGGGAAAUACAACUGCACGGGAACUUUCACAAGGCUAAAUAGAACUUCCUCAUCUCCAGAAAUUCUCGACGUCCAAGUGCAAGUCCAACCAACUAUUUCACUUAGUGGAUCAAAGACGCAGCAGAAAUUGGAGGCUGACAGCGUGUCAUUUUCCUUCACAAUCAUGCAACCUGUUUUCCCAACUCCUACAAUUGAGUGGUACAAGCCGAACUCUCAGAUGCCCCUGACUAAUGGUGCUAAGUAUGCCAUUUCAACAAUGUCGAGUCCCAAUACUCUGACAAUAUCCAAUUUGGAUCGGAAUGAUGUGGGCAUGUACACAGUCCAAGUGAGAAAUGAUGCUGGUAGUGCAACACUCACGUACAACCUACAAGUGUAUGUUAAACCCCUGAUUAUUCGGCCCGCCGAUGGUUCAACGAUCACGGUCAAUAAGACAAUGACAAUACAGAGUGUAUGUACUGCCACUGGAUUUGAUACUCCGGUUCUCACUUGGACAGACCAAUCGAGCCAAAUGUUCACACUAUCUUCUUCGACAGGAUCAGGGACCACGAUUUCUGGGAAUACAACGGACAUCGAUGCCUCCAAUGGACCAUUGAAGUCAGUAGUUCUGACUAUCACGCGAACUAACGCCGCUCACGCUGACGGCGGCACAUAUGUGUGUAAGGCUGAAGUUACAGCGCUUGGCAGCACGUAUGCAGCAUCAUCAACGGUCACAGUUGUUGUGCAAGUUAAACCAACUUUAACAACUACAUUAACGUCCCCAAUUCAGAAGCUUGAAGGCGAAGAUGUGGCAUUGCAGUUCAUGGUCAUGGCUCCUGAUUUCCCGACUGUGAUGGGCACAGAUGUAACGUGGACUGGUCCAACAAACGCAAUUCUCGCUUCUUCUGCGAAAUACGUAUUUGAUCAAAACCGCCGUAAUGUGACGGUCAAAACCUUAACAAGAUCUGAUGCUGGAAUGUACACGGCUACAGCUGUCAAUGCAGCUGGAAGUGGGAAUAUAGCUCUCUCUGUACAAGUCAAUGUCAUUCCGAUUAUCUCGACACCAGCGAAUGGUGCUGUACUAACGGUCAAUGAGUCUUCAGCCCUUAGCAUUGUUUGUACAUCAACGGCAUUCCCAGCUCCAACUAGUACAUGGAUGUUCGAUACCAGUCCAUUACCUGCUGGAGCUGUGUCAAUGGCUUCAACUCCGCCUUACGACAUGGCAACCUUGCUUCAUGUUAACCACAAUACUCUGACCAUUGCCAAUGCUCAAUACAGCAACAGAGGGACUUACAUCUGCAGGUCAGAAAUCGAUGUGACACCCAUAGGUAUCCGCUUCAGUACAGCUAGCGUCAGUGUCAUUGUGCAAGUGAAACCCACCUUGCAAGUUGCAACUCAAAGUUUCACACAGCUGGAAAACUCACAAGUCGUUUUGGCCUUCACUAUUCAGUCUCCUGUGGUUCCAGACGUUGUCGGCAACGAUAUUACCUGGGAAGGACCAAUGGGUGUGCUUCCAUCUUCAUCAACCUCGAAGUACACAUUCUCUGCUAAUCGCCGCAGUGUGACUAUCCUAACUCUUGGAAGACCAGAUGCCGGCACAUACACAGUCACAGCUUCAAAUGCUGCGGGAUCAAAUUCAGCUACCUUCUCUGUGGUGGUGAAUGUCAUUCCGAUUAUCUCGACACCAGCGGAUGGUGCUGUACUGACGGUCAAUGAGUCUUCAGCCCUUGCCAUUGUUUGUACAUCAACAGCAUUCCCAGCUCCAACUAGUACAUGGAUGUUCGAUACCAGUCCAUUACCUGCUGGAGCUGUGUCAAUGGCUUCAACUCCGGUUUACGACAUGGCAACCUUGCUUCAUGUUGACCACAAUACUCUGACCAUUGCCAGUGCUCAAUACAGCAACAGCGGGACUUACAUCUGCAGGUCAGAAAUCACUGUGACAACCAUAGGUACCCGCUUCAGUACAGCUAGCGUCAGUGUCAUUGUGCAAGUGAAACCCACCUUGCAAGUUGCAACUUCAAAUUUCACACGGCUGGAAAACUCACAAGUCGUUUUGGCCUUCACCAUUCAGUCUCCUGUGUUUCCAGACGUUGUUGGCAACGAUAUUGCCUGGAAAGGACCAAGGGGUGAGCUUCCAUCUUCAUCAACCUCGAAGUACACAUUCUCUGCUAAUCGCCGCAGUGUGACUAUCCUAACUCUUGGAAGACUAGAUGCCGGCGAAUACAAUGUCACAGCUUCAAAUGCUGCGGGAUCACAUUCAGCUACCUUCCUUGUGGAGGUGAAUGUGAAACCAAUAAUUACUGCACCCUUGUCAGCAGCACCUACGUACACAAUCAACGAGGGACAAACACUGAGGGUUCCUUGCAUAUCGUCAUCAUAUCCCCAGGCAACAGUCAUGUGGCAAGAUAAUGCCAACGUAGUGGUUGGAAAUUCUGGUAACGUCACUGCAAGUAGCUCAUCAACCUAUGAUUCAGGCAGUUUGUUAAACAAUAACACUAACACACUGACCAUUACAAAUGCUGCGUAUGGACAUCGCGGGAAUUACAUCUGCACCUCCACGAUCACAGUUCCAUCUGGAACUCAUUCAGCCAUCGUAACCAUCACUGUCGAUGUGCAAGUUGGUCCAAAGUUUCAGAAUAUUACAUCAGGCUAUCUGAAUGUGUUUGAGGGUGCUCCAUUCCAAAUUGAGUGUGCCACCUUUGCCCACCCAAAGCCCACUUUCACAUGGGCUGUGGCUCCAGCCUUCCUAUCUUCAACAGUACCUGUGCCAACUCAAUCUGACAAGAUGCCAUACUACACAUCGUACUAUACUGUAAGCAGUGCCCCCGUACAAAACGCUGACUACAUCUACAGUAUAACGUGUACAGCAAGCAAUGUGAUCUCUAGUCCCAAGUCAGUGACACAAGUUACCGUCAAUGUGCGUCCAGCAUACAUACGUUCAACCACUGGAGUUAUUGUGGUGUCCAAUCAAAAUCAGGCCAAUGUCCAGUUGAACUGCGAAUACCGGGGAAUCCAACAGCCUACCAUCACAUGGACAAGAUUAUCACCAAAUACAGUUACUGGUAGCAAUGUGCAAGCAGCUACCAGUACCCCACAUGUCUUCUCCAAUACGUUGACAUUUACCACUGUUGCAAAGAACGAUGAAGGCAACUACACAUGUACCGGUACUAAUUCCAAUGGCACUGCUUCCCAUGACCUAUACCUUCGAGUUCAAGUUCUGCCGCAGAUAUCACCCAGGACGCGCACACAGAAUGGAGUUGAGAACAAGCCCUUGUCGCUUGAGGUGGUUGUCGGCUAUAUUGGUGACCCCGCUGUUCCAACAUCGAAUAUCACUUGGGCCAAGACCAACAAUGCCUCUUGGAGUUCCAGAGCAGCAUCUCUUUUGUCCGCAGACCGUUUAACUUUGACAAUAUCACGCAUCCACCAUUCAGAUGCUGGCGACUAUACAGCCUGUCUGAUCAAUGCUGCCGGCUCUGUUUGCACCACAUUUACUAUUCUAUACGAAGAACCGCCUCAGAUUGUCAUUGCACCAGUACUGGUGCGCGUCAAUGAAAACGCACGAGCAAUAUUCAGUUGUAGUGUUAGUGGCAAUCCUGCUCCCGUUGUUACUUGGUCUUACAAUGGAACAAUGCUAGCGGGGUCAUUAUCAACGCCGGAACCAUUCACCAAUGCAGCCAUCACUGCACGUGGUAGUUUAGGCACGAAAUCUACGCUGACACUUCCUGCAGUUACUAACCAGAACAACCAAGGAAUGUACACAUGUACUGCUAACAAUAUACAUGCUCCUGAUGCGAUUGCCUCAGCUGACCUGAAGAUAUUCGUACCCACCAUACAGCUGACCAGCACUCAGGCCGUUAGCUCAUCAGAGGGAGCCACAGCGCGGUUCAUCUGCGACAUGUAUGGAGUUCCCACGCCAACAAUAUCCUGGUUCAAGGACACAACGCCAAUAUCGUCAGGUGGAGAUGUGCAAUUCUCAGCUGGUAAUGUUGCGCUAGUAAUUAGCAAUCUCAAAUUCAGUGACCGCGGAAUGUAUCAAUGCGACGCUGAUAACAGAGACACAGACAUCUCAUUGGGAGGGGAACUGCGAGGCACUAAUGUAAAUCUGGAUGUGUACAUUGCCCCGCGGAUCACCACGGGACCGAUUAGUGUUACUUUGAAUGAAGAUGCUUCUACCACAAGAACGUGUGUAACAUACGGUCAUCCAACUCCUGCAGUAUCAUGGGAACAUGAUAAUGUAGCACUCCCUGCCAGUCAGGUAGUCACACGAUCAACAACGCCAGCUACGUCUUCUUCUCCAGCAAUAUUGACAAGCACCCUGACGAUUUCCACCGUCAAGUUUCCCAGCCGUGGUACAUAUACCUGUGUGAGCACUGUCUCUAAGGCAGGUUAUGUCAACGGCAGCAGUCUUGCUGGCACUGCCACAGACUCUGCAAUCAUCACAGUCAACAUACGUCCCCGUAACGUGGUAAUCUCUCCUCCAGCUAAUGUCAUCUUCCCCGGCGCUAUCACAGUGCUGUGCCGAUUCAGUGGUAAUCCAGCCCCAGCUAUCGUGAUCACCGCUCCCGGCCUCACGCCUGCCGAAGUUCUAAGCUCCAUCACAACAAGCGUAGGUGCAGAUGCUGGUACUCGACUUCCCUACAGAGAAACAACGUUGACCAUUCCCGUGUCAAAGAGAAACAACAAUGGUACCUACUCCUGUCAAGCCAAUACACCUGCUGGUCAGCUUGUCUCCACAACAGAUGUCACUGUGCUAGAGAAGCCUGACGCUCCAGCCCAGCUUACACUUUUUAGUAACACACCGAACUUCAUUGAGGUUGAAUGGGUGGAACCCACCAUCAACAAUGCUCCUAUCACGAUCUACGAAAUAGAGUUUUCUUAUGAUAACUGUUUGAGGCAGACCAUUACUAACGUAACCCAAAUUCCGGCCGAUAACCGGAAGGCAACGAUUGGUGUGGAGCCAAGCCAGAACUAUGCUGUCCGCAUUCGUGCUACUAAUAACAUCGGCACUGGAGACUACAGUACGCCGCUCUCUGUGAAAACUGUGGAAUACAACCCAGAGGCUCCGCCGCAAAAUGUGGCUGUUCAGAAGCUCACCUCUGACAGUGCGAUCAUCUCCUGGUCACCGAUUCCAUGCACAGAACAGAAUGGCAUAAUCACUGCAUACGAAGUCGAAUACAACCUCACAAUGGUUCAUGGCACUGAUCACCGCCUUCAGAAUACAAACGGCACUGUGCCUGUCCUGUCUGGCACGACGUACAUGUCUACUAUCUCCGGAUUGGACGCCUACACCACGUACAAUUUCCGUGUCAGAGGUGCAACAGCGCAUGGAUUUGGCCCCUACAGUGAUUUUGUCACCAACAGAACACUAACAGACAUCCCACUUGCUCCCCAAAACGUUGUUGUCGACACUGCCAGCUCCAUUUCUCUGAACGUCUCUUGGACUGAACCCAUUGAUUUCAAUGGUGUACCAACUGGCUAUAUUGUGUAUUACAAUGCGUCUGGCACAGACGCUAACACUGAGUACAACGGCCUUGAGCUGCAAAGUGAGAACAGCAACAUUUUCUACGGAAACGUCACAUUGCCAGCCAACAACUUCAGCAUCGUGCUGAACAACCUUCUUAACUUCACAAACUACACGGUCUACGUCGAGGCUCUAACGUCAGCUGGAGCAGGUGAUCACUCGUCUGAAUUGACCACGGCCACGGAUGAGAAUGUGCCCGGCGCACCAAUCAAUGUGGAAUUGUCCAUGAACUUGCAGAAUGAGGUGCGCGCGACGUGGAAUCCUCCACCGAAUCCGUACGGCAUCUUGACUGGUUACCGGCUUGAGCUUGCUGGUGAUUCGCGUCACACUGCCGCAACGAGCACAGAAAAUGUCAGCGUGGACUUUGACGUCAACCAGUACAACUUCACGGAUGUCGCAGCUGGCUUCGACUAUACAGUCACUGUGCUGGCAGCAACCAUCAAGGGGUAUGGUGCUCCUUCUGCGGACACAUUUGGCAGGACGGUUGCUGGCCCACCUAAGCCUGUCGUCCCAAUGAACAUCUCCACCAAUGUGUCCUUGCUUCCCGUCUUGGCAUCAAGUGCGGCCUCAUUCGCGACACUCACCUGGCCAAUCAAGAAGAUGUCUGAUGAAUUUGGAAAAAUCUUCACGUAUCAAGUGUUUGUGAUUCACCUGGGCAGAUCCAAUGAGGACGUGCUUCCAGGUGCCUCACCUCAGGAGCUCUACAAGCUGGGCAGUGACAACGUACGAAACUACACCAAUGUCUCACAGGAAGUCAAUGCUGCAUCACCUCCCACAGCUUACAUAGCUAUGGAGUUCUCUCCGGAUGCUUUUAGUAAUGCCGUAGAAGGUACCCUUCUUGUUGAAAUUGGCAACAACAGCGAGACAGAAAAUAUGUUUAGCACAUUCAGGAACAUUCCACUUCUUCCAGAGCAUCGUUACACGAUUUUCCUGCGUGGCUUCUCUACUGCCACUUCCAGACGGAGGAGAGAUGUUGGUCAACAGGAGAGGAUGAUCUAUGGGCUGUACUCGUCUUCCAACUACGGAGUUGUUCAGACCACAAGAGAAGCACCCGAGAGUUCUAGCAACGCCGGUGCGAUCGCCGGCGCUGUGAUUGGUGUUCUGCUGGCUCUUUGUAUGGCCGUGGUGGUCGCCUUGUACUGGCGUCGCACCCAGAGCAAGACACUGCUCUCUGACGAGGAGCCUGGUGGUGUGUGGACCGCAGAGAGAGAGCAGGCUGAAACCAGUUUGGCCGCAAAGAGAAGAAGAAGCACUAUCCGCUUGCAGCGAGUGUCUACCCAACGCCUACAAGAUCAAACAGAAUCCCGUGGUGCCCUGGAUGUGUCCUCUUUCGCGGAGCACGUCGCUGAGAUGCGCGCCAACGACUCUUUCCUCUUCGCCAAGGAGUACGAGAUCAUUACCAAACAGUCACCUAAACUUGCCUACGAAGUCUGUGCCAAGCCAGAGAACAAGUCCAAGAAUCGCUAUGCUAACAUUGUUGCCUAUGACGAGACUCGUGUCAAGCUGCCCCUGCGGGAAGAUGAUCCUAACUCUGACUAUAUCAACGCCAAUUUCUUGGACGGCUACAAUCGACCCAGGGAAUACAUUGCCUGUCAAGGUCCCGUUCCGGAAUCAUUUGCCGACUUCUGGCGUAUGGUGUGGGAGAACAAUGUCCGUGCUGUUGCCAUGUUGACAAACUUGGAAGAGAAGGGCCGGCUGAAGUGUCAUCAGUACUGGCCGCCGUCUGGCAGUGUUGUGUACGGACCGCUGACCGUCACACUAAUGGACACCAUGACUCUUGCUGACUUCAUUGUGCGCACGUUUGAAAUCGUCAAGAAGGGCUGCAGUGAUGAGGAAGUGAAGGCUAAUAAGCACAGGCGUGAAGUCAAGCAGUUCCACUUCACCGUCUGGCCAGAUCAUGGUGUGCCCGAUCACGCUACGCCGCUUCUGAACUUCCUGCGCCGCAUGCGCACGUACCACUCACGCGAUUCCAAGCCCCAGCAUCCCAUCAUCAUCCAUUGCAGUGCUGGAGUAGGAAGAACUGGCACGUUGAUGGUCAUUGAUGCCAUGCUCAGCCGUGUGGCUGAGGAGGGCAACAUUGACGUUUUCAACUAUGUCAUGCAACUGCGUUCCCAGCGAAACUUCAUGGUCCAGACUGAGGCUCAAUACGUUUUCUUGCACGACGCACUGCUGGAAGCCCUCAACUGCGGCCACACCGAGGUGAACGCCAUGAACCUGCGACAGUACAUUUCCGCCCUGGAGACCACCGCUGACGGCGACUCCGCCACCAACCUCGAGCUGCAGUUCAAGAAAUUGUCGGCUGGCAUGAUGAGCACACUGCAGUUCCGUGCAGCUGGUGCAGUCGUCAACAAGAAGAAGAACCGCUUGGCGAACACCUUGCCAUAUGACAAUCACCGUGUGCGGCUGACCCAGUUGCCUGGUGUGGAGGGAUCUGACUACAUCAACGGCAGCUACGUCGACGGCUUCUCUUCGGCGCGCUGCUACAUUGCUACUCAAGGACCGCUUCAAGAGACCCUCAAUGACUUCUGGACCAUGGUCUGGGAGCAGGAGGUCACCUCCAUUGUCAUGCUGUCCAAGCUGCGCGAGAACAACACUGAGCACAGUGCUGAAUACUGGCCCAAGCAAGACAAGCAGCCGCUGACGUUUGGCAAGUACCUCGUCAAACUGGAGACCGAGCACGUGGCCGCCGAUAUCGUCCUGCGCACUUUCUCCGUAACGAACACAGUGGAGAGCCAAUCACGCACUGUGCACCACUUCCAGUACAUGGGUUGGCCAGAGCGUGGUGUCCCAGAGAGCGGUGCCGGCAUCCUGGACCUCAUCGGUCAAGUGCAGCGUCGCCAGAUGAACUCCGGAAACAAACCUGUUGUGGUGCAUUGCAGCAAUGGCGUCGGAAGGACUGGAAUCUUCUGCGCCGUCUGCACAGUUAUUGAGCGCGUUAAGCUGGACAGCAUGAUCGACGUCUUCCAGACCAUCAAGUUGAUGAGGAUGCAGCGUGUGUCCAUGGUCCAGAACGCGGAGCAAUACCUGUUUGUGUACCGCACUAUCCAAGAGUAUCUGGAUUCGUUUGACACGUACUCCAACUUCAAGUAAGAUGCCAGCCAACGGCUACUACGUCUCUCUCUCAUUCACUCUCUAUCUCUCUUUCACUGCCCUUUCUGUUCAUUUCGAUUUGAAUUUGAAAUUUAUUUCAUCGAUUUAGAAGCUCAAUAAGUAUCUUCCCAACAAGACAAUCAUGUUUGCAUUUUUCAUUACCAGCUAGUUUGCUGGACUCUCCGGAUUCAUUGGAAAACAAAUUCACUUUUUCCUUGUACUUUCCCUUGCCUGUCAGAAUGCGUUAGAAUGGAUUUGUCGAUCGAUAAAAAUUGAUUACUUCUACAGAUAGAUUGUGCAUUCUCUGGCACUUGGGUAUUCAUCCCCAUUCUCCAGUUCCCGUAUUCUCUUGCAUUGUUUCUUCAGCUCAGUGCUGAGCUUGCAUCAUGCCACAGAGUAGCAUCUCUAUGCUACAUACAACCCCUCUGCGCUCAGCCUCGUGUCAUUAUUGAGAUCUUUUUCUCUUUUCACGCCAUGUCUUUUAAGCCUAUAGUAUAGGGUGACUUUUUUGUUUCUGGUAAACAAAACUUUAGAAGUAGGCUGAGUUGGUACGGUGCGCUGCAAGACAUCGCUGCCGAUCGCCAUGCAGUGCUGAUGAUACAUCCACAUUGCACCAUUCAUGGUAUUGCCAUUGCUGCUGAUAAAUAUGUGUGGGAAUUAUUGAA